CUGGAAGAGCCGACAAAGUUUAGUUUGGAUGGACUCACGGAAAGAUCAUACAUGGGCUUUUCGCAGGGGGACGUUUACGGUUCGGGAUAAUGUAACCAAAGGACGUUCGGCGUGUUUGGAUGUUCCAUAAAAACAAACCUCCAUGUGCCGCUACUUCUGUGCUUGGCCUACCCAGGACACACCCAGCACUCACUUCAACACAGGAACUGAAUGAUCCACAAGACGGGUCGUCGUGGCUCCUGGAUCCUUUUGGAGAAGAGCCAAUUGUGAGAGUCCAAGUCAGGAGAUAACCUCCAAGCAGUGAUGGCUGACUCCGCAGAGGACUAUGGAAACUACAGCUACGACUACUACAUGGAGUACGGUGACAUGGAAGAACUUAAAGUCGACCACAAGCAGAGAGAAGCGAUACACAUUAUCUCAGUGGUCAUCUAUGUGGUUUCCUUUGUGCUGGGCCUCAUCGGAAACGGAACUGUCCUUUGGGUGACGGGAUGCAAGAGCAAAAGGACCGUGAACAGCGUUUGGUUGCUCAAUCUGGCACUGGCCGACUUUGUCUUUGUGCUCUUCCUGCCCUUCUACAUCGAUUACAUCCUGCGGGACUUCCACUGGGACUUUGGUGUGGCUAUAUGUAAGAUUAACUCCUUUGUGUCGGUGAUGAACAUGUACGCGAGCGUUCUGUUCCUGACCGUGCUCAGCAUUGACAGAUACGUAUCGCUUGUCCAUCACAACUGGUCUCAGAGGUAUCGGACCGUAGCGAGAGCCUGGCUCGUAAGUGUUUGUGUAUGGGUCACGGCCGCCGUCAUGAGCUGCCCGGCGCUCAUCUUUCGGGAUACGGUGCGCUUACAGAACAAGGUGAUAUGCUUUAAUAACUUCCACGCACAGGAUGGACAGUCCGCAGCAGUAAGUCACAUUCUAAUCGUCUCCAUUCGUACCACAGUGGGCUUUCUACUGCCUUUCUCCGCUAUAUGUGUAACCAGCCUUCUUCUGACUAGGAAGGUGACGCAAUCUCAAGGCUCAGUUCGGCUCUCCAACUUCACUAAAACGGUCUCUGCAAUGGUUCUGGCCUUUUUUUUAUGCUGGGCCCCUUUCCACAUAUUUAGCCUGAUGGAGCUAUCCAUACAUUCCUCGCUGUAUCUACACAACGUUCUGAAAAUGGGGUUUCCUCUGGCCACCAGCUUGGGCUUUUUCAAUAGCUGCAUUAACCCGCUGCUUUAUAUGCUUCUGGGGAAAAAGGUCCGCCACAUUCUGAAACGCGCAUGCCUGGACAUAACUAAAAGCUCGCUCAGAGAACUCAGCCAGUCUGUCUCAGGGACUGAAAUGGAGUCUCUGCCUGGGGUACCUCAAGACCAGGACAGUGCACCAGAGGAACCUGUGGCGUCAUCCACUCUGUGAUUGCAGUUGUGUACAGAAACGUCAUAAUCACCUCCCAUACAUUAGCAUUCCAUCUCGGUUAGGUGUUUACCUGCUCUUUGUAAUUUGGACAAAUUGAUGUCUUCAACCGAUUAUUACAUCACAAUGGUGACGCCUGGAUGAAGCACAGGAAGGAGUAUUAAGGCCAAAACACAAAAGUAACACUUUUCAAACUCAAUAAAAUAGUUUCAUAUUGAACAGACGCAAAUGUUUGCACAGUCGCAAUACAUUGCACAUAAUGCAGGUACUGGCAGAAAAGGCAAGAUCGCACGUAGAAAUUAAUUUUCUCUGCAGGGUAGCAGGGCUCCCCCUAGAGAUAAGGUCAAUAGAACCGCUGCAGAAAAGGACAAUAUACUGCAAUACUCUACAACAGGGGUUUCAAACUCAAUUUACCUGGGGGCCACUGGAGCUUGGGUCUGGGCAAGGCUGGGCCGCAUCAGGUUCCCCCCCCCAAAAAAACGCAUUUAUUAAAAACAGAAAAAUAUACAAAUUUUUUCAGUGCUUUGGUGCCGAUUUUCUACAAUAAAAGCUCUGAUAAAACAUUCCACUGUUCUCAAAUAUCUUAAUUUUUAUUUUUCUGCACAAAAUAAGAUGACAAAUAAAUAAAUCAAGAAUAAAGAAAAUUAAUCAAUCAGUAAUAAAUAAAUAUAAUAAUAAUAAUAAAACGGCAAAUAAUAAAAACGUAAGAAACCACAUAUAGUUGGUAGGUAGACAAAUUUUUUCAGAUUAAAAUGAACAAAGCAUUAUUAGAGCCCUGUAGACAUGACAAAACACGACUAUAGUCACAUUUAUACUUUUUUUUAAUUUACAACAUAUUGCGCAACUGCAGGGUCUUGAGACACAUGCUAACUCGCAAACUAGAGACCUAAACGGUAGCCUUCAAGUUAUUUCCUUUAAACUUAAAUAGCCAAAAACGUACCACUUCCACACGGAUAUGGAGGAUAACUAUUAACAGUUAUUUAACCUUUAACAUGAACAUUAAUCAAGCGUAAUAAUUUUUUCUGGGUACAUGAUACCAUACAGCAUCCAUAUCAAACUUGCGCGGGCCGCACUAACAUUAAACUUUCAUAUCAAGGCGGGGGCCUCAAACUAGUGUCCUGCGGGCCACAUUUGGCCCGCGGGCCGCCUGUUUGAGACCCCUGCUUUACACUGACUAAGCUAUAGCUCAAGUAUUAUUUAGUUUGUCUCUUGACAAGCUAUAGUAAAAUAUUUAUAGAAAUGUGACUGGCAUACAAAAUCUCUGGGAUAGUAAAAUAAAAUAGAGCAAUGUAAACUUUCACUUUCAUUAAAAGUUCUGGUUUGACAUUAUUUGCAACAACCAUGAAGGGAUUUUUUAAAAUUUGUUUUGCUUUUAAAAGAGAAGUAGGUGUGCUACAAUUAUGUUAAUAGCGGUAAUAUUCCACACUAUUUGUUUCAAAAUGUAUACUGGCUGCUAGAGUAGACUUUAAUUAUUUGUAGAAAUCUUACAUGUGUAUUCCAUUUAAUAUAUUCCAACAAAAAUGCACUUAAUAAAUGUGCUCUACUGUACAAUGUUUGGAUGUUUUUCUAACAGUAUUAAGUGGGUUACAUCAUUAAAGCUGUGAACCUUGGUGUAUAAAAUGAUCCUUUCUCGGGCCUGGUGGUGAGUUAGACAGGACGGUGACAUAAGUCCAGAUGUGCAUCUAUUUUUUUUUCCCCCUGCAGGGCUUGAUUACACAUUCAGCCACUUCCUGUUAUGUCUCACUGUUGAACUCUGACUUAAAAUGUUGACAUGGCAUUCCCACACUGUGUCGCUUCACUUCUUCCUAAAAACAGUGGCUGGAAUUGUCAACAGCUUCAAUUUUAUGUGUAACAUCCGCAAAACAUGACUUUAUUUUCAUAAAUUGAGAACUUUGUUUGUAAUAUUAUGACUGUAUUCUCCUCACUUUAUCAUCACUUUUCCGCAAUAAA